AUGGCUGCCAAGCACAAAGACACCCGAUACCGGGUGAUCUAUGCGAAAAACUAUCAAAUCGAGAGCAGAAGUGACAAUGUCAUGCGUGACUUCGAAAUCUACCAUCAGGACACCCUUCUCAGAUCCAAUAUCGACUACCUCACUGAUGAUCUCAUGGCAAUCCACAAAUACACAUUCACCCUCCUGGACAAACAAGAUAUCGAUAUAUUCCAUACAAUGCUCUCGAAUAAUUGUAGGAGGAACGUGAACGAUGCAUCAGGAAUGGCGGGCAUUCUUCGGAAUAUGACAACGAUGUCGAAGAACCACCGCAAAAACAUCUACAUUCGUUGCCUUCCCCCCAUGCUUGCCGUCUCCCCAGAAUCCUACCGUGUGUUCGCUGAAGACGUCCUUGACGUCGUCCCGCUCAUGCUUAAAAGGCAGCACCAGAAAUUGAGUGCGAAACAUAUGCGGAUCCUGAAUGUGAAAAAUGGGGAAUGGAGGAAGAAAGAUGAUGACAAGUCGCUGGAUCUCACGCUGUCGCUGGAGCAGAUGAAUGAGUUCCUAGAGAAAUUCGAUUGCGAUAAGAGUUUGCUUACGCUCGUCGAGGAUCCGAUGUACACCUCCACCAGAAUGGAUCAGGAGACCCACUGGGGGUACAGUAUGACAUGUGCUCCGGACCUCACUCAAAUCAUUGACCCUCUCCAAGCCGCCGCAUUUUUCUUUCACUCUGUUGUGAACGGUGUCGAUUGGAGUAGAAAGGAGCCGUGUUUGGAGCAUGGACCCGAGUGUUUGAAGACGUUGAAGGAGAGAUUCUUGGGAAUUCUGAAUGGAUAUGCACUGACGAAUGCAGGCUACUACCUCUCCUGGACAAAAACUCUUGAAGACUGCGCCAAGGUGCGAAAAGAUUCCUGUUUCCUCAAAUACCACGCUCGUCGAAUCACUCCAGACUACGCUCUGAUAGCCUUUCAACCAUCACACAAAUUCCCAAUAUCCCACUUCUACCAGACAGGCGUCUAUUAUAAUCUCCUCGAUGAGACCGAUCGUUUCCCGGGACAUGUCACUCACUUGCACGUCUGGACACUUCGAUUCCUGUUGCAACUCGGAUGGGUCCAACAGUUUUUCGGGACGGAGCAUAAACCGAUUCGGGAUCUUAUUGCGAAUUCCGCGCUGUUUUUGGUGCCAGUGGAGGAUCGAAAAGAGAUCGAGGGGAUGAUGUUGAAGAUGUUUAGAGAUGGAAAUGGGCAGACGUUGGAGCUGAAGUAUUUUGAGCCAUUGGGAUUGAGAGAGGAUCCAAAUGACGAGCCCCAGAAGCCCUUCCAGCCACUGCAGCUAACAGCACCGCCCGGAUUCUUCGAGAAGCACUCCAUUCUCACCAAUAAGGUCGUCAGGUACCAAAAGAUAAUAGAGGAACCAGUGGCGCCAAGAGUACCGUCGUAUAACAAGAUGUUGUCGUCUUUGGAAUCCGAGCUACCCAAAUUGAUCGAGAGUCUAUACAAGAGUCUAGAAAUCGCGGAGAACGGCUCCGCGCCACCAGAUCAUGUGAUUCUUAUUCAGAAGAAAAUAAUGUCCAUGGAGUCGCUGUUGUUCAGUAUCAACGAGAAAGUAGAAAAGGGUCGAGAGCCUACCAAGUCUGAGAUGUCAAAAUUGCAAUCAAUCUUGGUAGAGAUUCCUGAACUCCACAAGAAGCUGUUGGCCAAGGAAUCUGAGGAAACGAAGCCUCCACAGAAAAUCGCUACAGUAAGAAUGCCUGAAAACAGCUCCACGACAUCUGAGGGAUCAUCAUCGCUAUCAAUCCUCCCGCCGCCUCCUGGACUCCAGCAAAACCUGUCGUCUUUGGAAUUGGGGCUACCAAGUGUGAUCGAGAAGACUCAAAUCACGGGGAACGGCUCCACGGUGGUCCCAGAAGAUUUGCUUCUUAUGGACAAGAAAGUGUCGUCUUUGGAGUUUGUGAUGUCUUGUGUGAUGGAAAAAAUAGAAAAGGGCGAAGAGAUAACGCCUGAGUAUGCAGAAUCGCUAUCAAUCCUUGCCGACCUUCCUGGACUCCACCAGCCAUCUCCUGGGGUUGACAAGAACUUGGUGUGUGAAGAAUCAACACCGCCAGGAAUGCUUGCUGAGCCUCCAGGACUCACCAAGAAAGCGGUUGGACCUCUUGUAGACUCUCUGAGUCUCGACACGGACACUCCACAGGAAAAAGCUACAGUAGGAAUGCCACACAAUGCAUCAACCAACAUCGAGAAGGGUGAAAACUGCUCCACUUCAUCUGUGGUGUCAGGAUCGCUAUCAAUCCUUCUCCCGCCUCCCGGACUCCCAAAGAAACUGUCGUCACCCUGUGAUAGAAAUUUGAUAUCUGGGACGGAGAAAUGUGAGUCGGUUGGAAUCAUCUUAGAGCUCCCUGGAACCAACCAGAAGUCAGAAAUAGUUGGAGUAGCAGAAAUUGCAGCUGGAAAUAGCUCUACGUCUUCUGAAGCAUCUACGCCAACAGUGGUCCUGGAAAACCCAAAGCUUGAUGUGACAGUGGAAAAGUCAGGUGAGCCCGAGAAAGCUGAAAAUGGCUACAAGUUAUCUGAGAUAUCAGCGCCACCUCUUGGUCUCGACAAAAAGCCGGUGUCCAAAAAAAUAGCUAUGGCACAGAAUGCAUCAACCCACAACCAGAAGGCUGGAAACAGCUCCAGGAAUUCUGAAGCAUCCGGAUCGCUGUCAAUCCUUCCCCCGCCCCCUGGACUCCCCCAGAAAUUGUCAUCUGGGCCACCUCCCGGUCUUGAACCAGCUGAAAUUAAAUUUGAGCUCCCUGGAAUGAACACGAAGCUGUCGUCUUAUGAGUCAACACCGCCAGGAAUUCUCACUAAACUUCCUCGGCCCAAUCAGAAGUCAGAAAUGACUAGAGUAGCAGAAAUUGCAGCUGGAAUUAGCUCUACGUCUUCUCAAGUACCGACGCUACCAGAUGUCCCGGAUGAGCCGCCUGAGAAAACUGAAAAUGAAUCCACGUCAUCUAAGGUGCCUCCUGGUCUCCACAAAAAACUGCUGUCUGAAGAAUCAACAUUCGAGAGACAAUCAGCGACGACAUCAAUCCUUGCAAAACCUCCUGGUCUCCACAAAAAACUGUCGUCGGAGAUGUCUGAAAUCCCGAUUGAAACUCCCAGCCUCGAGAAGAAGAAUGCAUCAACCGAGACCCAAACGGCGAUACCAGUGGUCCUGGAAGGGCGUCUCAACGCGAAGCUGGAAUUGCUGGAAAUGGAAGAAGAACUCGAGACGUCCUCAUCUGAGAUAUCCGCACCGCCUUUUUUCAAAGCUAAGCUCUUUUGUAUUGUCGAACAACCAGAAGCUAAAGAUGGUUCCGUGUCGUUUGAAGAGCCUGAGUCUCUCAGAACGAAUCCGGGCAGGAAAACCAAGACGCAACCAGUGAAAAUUCCAUGGGAGGCGUCAAAUGGAAAGUUAAUCAACCUGUACACGCCCCAAGCUAAACCAAAGAAGACCAAAGUCAUUAUUCUGGAGAAGAAAACUAGGAAUACCGUGAAGUUUGACAAAGAAUUUGUGUCUUUUCAUCCGGAAGUCGUUGCUAAGCCUCUAUUUCUCAUUAGGAAUCUGAAGACGGUUUUGAAGAGGAUGAAAGAGGAGGAGUCUCAGAUGCCCAGUACGUCCACCGUCCCUGAGGCCGUUCCAUCAAGAAACCAGGACCCGCUGGAGGAGCAACCAGCUCCUCUUCCCAAAAUUACAGUAGCCCAGGUAAUCAAACUUUGGGAUUAUGUUUGGCUUAUCAGCAACCAAUGUGAAGAGGAAAAUAUGAAAAUAGUGAAGAUAGUGGCGGAUUAUAACGAAGCACAGUUCCCAGUUCUGGAGGAAAGCCAACUGGAGGCCACGGUGACUAAAUUGUCCAAAGACCUGUCUAACCUACAAAUGGAGCGGGAUAAUAAUCUUGCCAAGAAGAAAAUUUUGUUGGCAAGACAGGAGCAACUUCUCAAACUCAACUCGACACUACAAAGGGCGGAAGGAGAUAUGAAAGAGAAAAUUCAGCGAAUCGUCGACGAACAUGAUAGCCAGACCGAAAAAAACGGUCCAGAAACUCGAAAAUUGAUGGAGGAGAAGGAUGUGAUAAUCUCACAACUUAAGCAAACCAACAAGGCGUUGUCAGCACAGAAUGGAGGACUGGAUGCAACAAUUCGGGAGUUGACAGGGAAAAUUAGAGAGAUGCGUCGUUAA